GUCGGCUGGUCAGUAUGUCUGACAUUUCGUCAAAGGCGGUGCAUGACGGGUUGUCUGCCGAAUAUGAUGGGAAACAAAUCAUAUCAUUGGAAAUGUAUAUGUAAUCAACGGAGAGACGAUAGCUUGUCAGGAUAGAGAGAGUCUGGCUUUACGUAAUUGUUUCAAAGGUGCACAUUCUAAAACGCCUAGAUGCAUUCUCUGUCCAUGGGGCAGGGCUGUAGCAGCAGCUCAGGUGCCCCCUCUGGCUCGGUGGUACAGGUGUGUUUCCCCAGCUCCCAGGCGUCUGUACUGGACAGCCUGAACAGGCAGCGCGAGGAGGGCCAGCUCUGUGACCUCUCCAUCCAGGUCCAGGGGCAGGUGUUCAAGGCCCACCGCUGUGUGCUAGCUGCAUCCUCACCCUACUUUCACGACCAGGUGCUCUUGAAGAACAUGUCCACCGUCUCCAUCCCUGCCGUCAUGGACCCACUGGCGUUCGAGAGCGUCCUGAGCUGCGCCUACACGGGCCAGCUGCGCAUGCUCCGCGAAGACAUUGUCAACUACCUCACCGUGGGCAGCGUGCUGCAGAUGUGGCACAUCGUGGACAAGUGCACAGAGCUCCUCAAAGAGGGGCGGGUGACGGGGAGUGGUAGUGCAACCCAGGGUGUCAUUGGGGGAGCGCAGGGGAACCCUGGAUGCAGUAGCAGUGAAAGCUCCCUAGGGGCUGGGAGUGCCCAAGCUGGGGGAAACAACACCCAGCCAGCCCCUCCCCCUCCCAGCCGCCCGUCCCUGAGUGAGAGCCAGUCUCCCAGCAGCACCAACUACUUCAGCCCCAGAGACACUAACUUCGGAGGGGGAGCGGUGGCCGCUGGAGCUGCAGGAGAGGGAGGCGUGAACUCCACCCCCAGCUACUGCACCCCUUCUGGGGGCGAAGAGGCUUUCCUCAUCGAAGAAGAGGAUGAAGAAGAGGAAGAAGAGCUCCUAUACCAUAGGAAGCGAGGGAGCAGCAGGAGGAAGCCGACGGCCUCUGUCCCAGACCAAGAGGUUGGAGUCAGCGACAGCUUCGGGGUGUCGUCCUACCAAGACGGAGAUGCCUCCCCUCUCCAGAAGCGGCCCACAUACAGCCAGCCCAGCAUCAUGCCCCGGAAGCAGUGGGUGGUGGUAAAAACAGAGAGGCCCCAGGAUGAUGACCUGAUCGUGGUGUCGGGUGAGGAAGGACCAGAUGAGGAAGAGGAGAGAGAGUUGGAGAUGCUGAGGGAGAGGGAGAGGACGUUCAACAUAUCCAACAUUAGGACUCUGUCUGGAGAGUUGAGCAGCAAAGCGGACCAUGAGAUGGAGACACAGAUGGAUUACUGCCAGUCUUCUGAAGACUACCUCAAGUUUGACAGUGGUUUGAUGGACCAGACUCCCCCACAGCACCUUCAUGACAGCGCUGGUCAGGGUGGUGGUAGAACCGUCUCAGCCCUACUAGGCCAAGUCCAGUCUGCUGCUGCUGCUAGAGCUCAGCUCUUUCCCAUAGACAUGCAAGGCAACCAGAUCCUCAUGUACAGACAAUCCUCUCUAGAUUCCUCUCAACCCAUAGGAAUGGGAGGUGGUAUGGCCGGGGCACCAUUUAAAGGGCCAAACCUGGAGCAUGGAGCAGUCCAUUUGUCAGCACAGGGGGGUUUGGGCGGUGGCUUAGAUGGACUGGAUGGGGGUGGUGGUGGGAGUUCAGGGAAGGUGUUCAUGUGCCACUGUGGAAAGACCUUCACCCACAAGAGCAUGCGCGACCGUCACAUCAACAUGCACCUGGACCUGCGGCCUUUCAACUGCCCGGUUUGCGCCAAGAAGUUCAAGAUGAAGCACCACCUGACGGAGCACAUGAAGACCCACACGGGGCUCAAGCCCUACGACUGCCACGGCUGCGGCAAGAAGUUCAUGUGGCGCGACAGCUUCAUGCGGCACCGCUCCCACUGCGAGGGACGGAGCGGAGCGGCUGGCAGGAGCGAGGAUGGGGGAGGGUCCGAUCGCGCUGAUGGUAUCUCCCCACAGCAUCUCCCUCAUCUCCCUCUCUCGACCAGCGAGGCCGGUCACGGUGUCGUUGGUGGCAGGAAUGGGAACUCUGUCCUGUCCCCACAUCAUUCCAGUACAGGUAGCAGCAGUAAUGCUGUCUCUUGCCUGACCAUGGCCAGUUCUGGAGUGCUCUUAGGGGUCAACUCUCAGAGCGUGAUGCAAGGUCAAGGUUCAUCUGUGUUUGGUCUGGGGGUCAGCCGAGGUGGGUGUGAGGAGGAAGUGUGUGAGGUUGGUGCUAAUGAUAGUGUCACUUAAACACUCGUGUUGUUCACCCGUUUGGUUAAGACAAGAGGCUUUGAAAAGGCAUUCCAAUGACCAUUGGAAAGUGCCCCCCUUUGGCAAAUGGCUCUGGACCAUUGUACAGUUAGUUCAGUAUACUCUUAAAUGUCAAGUUUAUUCUCUGUAUGACUGUUUAGUGGCACAUUCUAUGUCAAGAAAACCAAAAAUCAAGAGACAAUAACUCACCAAUGACAGCUUUGGCAAAAUGUUAACUAGAGUUCGAGAGGAAAGUUGCUGUUGUAAGUGAUGUGUCCUAUGAUAUUAUACGCCUUUUCUGCCACAGAAUGUGCAUUUCAAGUAAGUGUCUGAAAAAGACACUUGCAGUACUGCCGUCUUGUUUCACACUGGUGAUGUGUCC